GACCUGCAAAAAGCGUCCAUCAACAUAUCCUUCCCGUACAUACAAGUUCAGUUCGCUCAAGAUGUCGGGACGUCAACAACGUGUGAUGGUACAACCCAUCAAUGUAAUCUUCAAAAACUUGCAACAAAGGGCUAAAGUCGUUGUCUGGCUGUACGACAAUAUCGAGAUGCGUAUAGAAGGCAGAAUCAUUGGUUUUGAUGAAUUCAUGAACAUCGUCAUAGAUGAGGCUGCCGAGGUGUUUGUCAAAGAAGCUAAACCAAGGCGGGAGCUAGGACGCAUCAUGUUGAAAGGAGACAAUAUCACGCUAAUUCAGCAAGUUGUAUAGGUCUUCACUUUCUUUGCCCUUGUGUAAAAUUGACUCUGUUCCACUGUAUAAUUUGGGAUCCUACAAUGACAUUUUUUCUC